AGAUAGAGUUUGAUUUAAUUGGUCAGCUAGCUCCCAGCCACGUCAUUUCGCGUCUCAUUUGGAUUGUCCACAAGCCGCAGAAAUCGGAGAGAAGAGCCCCCAACGACCAAACAGAGCCCCCAACCUCUCUCUCUAAUCUUCGUCUUCUUCCUCGACUCGCAGAGUUCUGAAUCUGCUAAUUCCACCAUGAAGAGUUUUAGGGUUUUCUUCCUCGCUCUCCUCCUCCUCGCCGCUCCACUCCUCAAAGUUGCUAGGUCUGAUUCGGAGGCUGAAGGAGUGGACGCAGCUGAGUCAGUUCAGCCCACUGAAGAGGCUACUGAUCUUGGGAUUGUUGGUUCUGAAGCUGAUGCCCAAGAUUUUGGUGAUGAGAAUUUCAAUCCAGCUCCCGGGGUUGAUACUAUUUGUGUUUUCCCCAAAAACAGUGCUAAAAUUAUACCUGCCGGACUGGAGUCUGAGCUACUUGUUGGAGUGAAAAAUGAUGGAGAAUCUAGCAUUAACGUCAUUGCAAUUAAGGCCAGUGUUCAUCUUCCAUUUGAUCACAGUCUUCUUGUUCAGAAUCUCACUGCCCAGGCCUUCAACAAUGCAACUGUCCCAGCUGCAGGACAGGCUACCUUCCCGUAUAUUUUCGCAGUGAGCAAGUUUCUUCAGGCUGGUACCUUUGAUCUAGUUGGCACUAUCAUUUAUGAAAUAGAUCAGCAGGCUUACCAGAGCACAUUUUACAAUGGCACUGUCGAAGUUGUUGAAUCUGGUGGUUUCCUCAGCGUGGAGUCCGUGUUCCUGAUCUGUCUUGGGAGUGCACUCCUCGUCCUCUUUGGUUUGUGGAUUCAUGGUCAAAUUCUGAACCUCUCUAAGGUAAAAAAAAAAAAUCCAUGAUGUUAUUUGCGUUUCCUGUUAUGUCUAAUCAUUUAAAACGUUCUCAUUAUAUCUGUUCACCUUGUCAAUAAAGCAGUUGUUUUUACUUGUUUAACUGGUGUACUUGGGAUGAUGGAUAAACAUGAAUCUUAAGACGGCUAAUCUAAUUCCUUGCUUGUGAUCAUUGAUCAUAAAUUGUACCGAAUGAAGUAGAUUCCCUAGCUGGUCAUUGCAUCCAGUUAAUUGAUAUAGAAUUUGUGAAGGUGUAGAAAGUUAAACUGUUCUGAGAAUUUCAGAUGAAAGUACUUUUCUUAUGGUCCUGACUCGUCGAUGUUUUUACUGAUAUAUCUUACAUAUUUCUAUACACUUGGGAAACUAAUGCUGGUUUUCCCUUGUAUAGAAAACUAAGAGGUCCCCCAAGGUGGAAGUUGGUACUGGAACUAGAGAUGCUUCAAUGGACGAAUGGCUACAGGGCACUGCUUACACUCAGUCCAACAAACAAAAGAAGAAGAAAUAGACACCGGUUUCGGUCGCAGCACAAGAGGAAGGAAGGGAGUGUAGUAAAAUGCAGACCCUUGCAACUCAAAGUUUAGCAUUUGAAGAUGCUUCUGGAGAGGAGAACCCACGAGCUGCACGAACUAGUUGUGAAACUUAGGCUAGUAUAGAACUGCCUAGUUGUUGUAGCAUGUGGAGGGUGCGGAAAAAUGGAGCUUUAGGAUGAACCUUUUCUUUUCUUCCUACUUUUUCUGGACAAUUUUUUUUUAUAGCGGAGUGAAUCCUUGAAGAGAACUAACUGUGGUUUUGAGGUAGGCAGGAUAUAAAUUUUACUGAAAGUUUGAAGAAUUUUCCUCUCAAAAUUGCUUCAUUCUCCUCUUCAGUUCCUCAUGUUUAGUCGUCUCACCAGUUCCAAAUGGGACUGAACAUCAAAAUUGCCACCUCUAUCCAAAGGCGACACAAAAGCAUUAGGUUACCAAUGUGUAAAGAAUGGGUUAAUGCCAUGUUUGGUCACUGUGAC